AUGUCUGGGGUACUAGAUGAGAUUAUAAUGGAAGAUGUGGCAGCUAAUUGUCCUGAACAAUUCAUCAAUUAUCAUAAGUGCAUCAGUCAACCUAAUCAAGAAUUUUCUAAUUGUCGAACCUAUCAAGUUCAAUUAAGUGAGUGUAUUAGAACGGAGGUUCCUAGUCUUCAGAAGAUUAUGAAGAAUUGUGGUGAUCUGAUGAAAAACUAUGAAACUUGUAUUAGAGCUAAUAUGGAAUCGAGGACAAUUAAUGAACAAUGUACUCCUUUACUUAAUCAAUUAAGAGAUUGUGCAUUCAAGCAAGUUGAAGGAAACAAAUUAGCCAUCAACGAGAUGAAAAUUCGUUCUCUUGAAAAUGGUUCAAAGGAAUCUUCGAAAUGA